AUGGAAGAAAAUAACUCUCAAUCCCAAAUCAUCGUCCUCAACGUUGGCGGACGAAAGUAUGAGACUUUCCAAUCUACUUUAACCGCCUAUCCAGAUACUUUACUUGGCACAAUGUUUGCAGAAAGGAAUCAACAUCUUUUGAAACCCAAAAAUGGAAACGAAUAUUUUUUCGAUCGUAAUGGCCGAGCAUUUCAUUACAUUAUGGAAUACUAUAGAUCUGGAAAACUUUAUUUUCCGACUCAACUUAACGAUGAAAAUUCUAAAUUUUGGGUGACAAAAGAAGAAAUCGAAUCGGAACUUGAUUAUUUUCAAAUCGAUAUUAAAGACAUGAAAGAGGCACAUCUAUUGCUUAGCAAAUAUCUUGAUGAAUUUGUCACCUUUUUGGUGGAACAUAUUUUACGUGCAAUGCGAUCGAUGGAGGAAAGUGUGGAAUUUCAUCUGAAAUCUAAUUCAUGUCGAAUUAAGCCUGAAGGUGAAUCCGUUUGUACUCCUUGCAAGCCAAACAUUGCAUAUAAACUAGCCAAAAAGUUUCAUUUUAAUAUUUCGCAGUAUCUAAGGAUGAAAUUUGAGGGUUCAGAAGUUGCUUCACUUCCACAUAUCUGUAAUAUUAAUUAUGCUAAUGCUCCUGAUUGCAUCAAGUUCAGAGUGACCCUUAAAUAUGAUUAUGAAUUAAUAUUGAGGAUGUCGCAUUUAUUAAAGGUUCGGUUCGGUUCGGGUACGGUCGAACACCGAACCGAAUCUGAACAGGGGUUUUACAUUUUUCGAACCCGAACCCGAACCGAACGUGAACAUCGUUAUGGGUUCGGUUCGGAGUUCAUGAACAUGUUCGAGUUCGAACAUACUCAGGUUAAAAAUUAG